CGGUGAACCAUGCGUAUACGUGAUGCAGAGACUCCGGUGCCAGAUCCUCAAGUGGUCUACAUGCCACGGCUGCGGUCCUCGAGGUACCAGGUGUUUGUACUCGCUUCACGAACCUCAUGAUAAUAAUACGAUAAAAGCUACGCACCUUACGCCGAACAUCCGGUUGGUCGAUGGCAUUAAGAUGAUUUUUCAAAAAACGGUUAACAAUAGCUGCAUGGCAGUUGCAACUUCACAGUCCAACGAUUGGUUCGUUAUAUUUGACUAUGGAACGAACUAUUGUAAUCUCCACAACCUCGUAGUUGGUGCAGGUCUUGAUACGGAUCACGAUUUUUUCGAAUCAACUAACAACGCUAUUUGUACGCAGUUGAACAUGGCAUCCUGCAACUAAUAGCUUUGAUAGAGUCGAAAAACACAUCUGUUUUAUUUAUACACGUUUAAUACAAAGCGUUUAUUACUAUGUAUAUACACUGCUCGACGUGUUGUAUGGACAACAAUUGCCUCGAGUAUUAAUCCUUGGAGAUAAUAAAGAUCGUCGAGUAUUCUUUCUCUAUUGAAAUUA